GCAGAAGACGUGGGGUGUCCCCGGGUCCCUGGGCGGACGGCAGGGGCAGGAGGCCCCGUCUCUAAUGGGCCGCUCACUCCCACAGGGCGACCUUCCGGAAGCUCCCGGCCCGGCGAUGUUCCGGGCCCGCAGCGUGGAGGUGGCUCGGGGCCGAGGGGGCUACGGCUUCACUCUGGCGGGCCAGGCGCCCUGCGUGCUGGGCGGCGUGGUGCCCGGUGGGCCGGCCGAGGCGGCGGGGCUGCGGGCGGGAGACCAGGUGCUGGCGGUGAACGGCACGGGUGUGCGGAAGGCAUCCCACGAGGACGUGGUCCAGCUGGUGGGCCGGUGCGCGGGGCCCCUGCAGCUGCUGGUGGCGGCCGCGCCGGGCUCCGGGGACGCCGACGAGGACUCCGUGGCCGCCGGCCGCCCCCCCGAGGCGCGCCCGGCCCGGCCGCCGUCCAGGCCCGACGCCCGGGCGCUGGGCAUCAACCGUGCGGAGCGGGUGGUGGAGGACCUGCGGGCGGGCGGCAUCCUGGGCCUGCUGCUGCGCGCCCCGGCCGCCCCCGCUCCCGAGCCCGGGGCCCCGGCGGAUGCCGCGGGGCUGGACGCGGGCAUCCUGAACGUGGCCAUGGUGGUGGGCUACCUGGGCUCGGUGGAGCUGCCGUGCGGCCGCGCCCGCCUGGAGGCCGACAGCCUGCUCGCCGUGCGGGGCUGCCUGCGGCGGCUGCGGGCCGGGCAGCGCGUCCACUCGCUGGUCAGCCUGCAGGUCCUGCAGGACGCCGUGCGGCUGUGCUCCGAGCAGGCGGCCGAGCUGGCGCGCUACCCGGCCGAGAAGCUGGCCUUCAGUGCCGUGUGCCCCGACGACCGCUGCUGCUUCGGCCUGGUGACGGUGGGCUCGGGCGGGCCGGCGGGCGCCGAGGACGGGCCGGGGCCGCGCACCUCCUGCCACGCCUUCGCCGUGGAGCCCGCGCUCUGCCCGCACCGGCUGCACCGGGGGCUGGCGCGGCGCUUCGGGCUGCGCUGCACGGCCGACCCCGACUCGGGUGGCUGCCUGGAGUUCCCGGCGUCGGCGCUGCCGGUGCUGCAGUUCGUGUCCGUGCUCUACCGAGACAUGGGCGGCCUGGUGGACGGGCUGCGCGCCAGGGCCUUCGCCGACGGCGGCGGGGGCGGGGGGGAGGCGGCGGAGGGGGCCCCGCACACCCGCCACAGCAGCGCCAGCGACAGCGGCUUCGGCACCUUCCCCGCCGAGGAGCGCGGCGGCCCCCGCCACGGCCCUGAGCCCGAGGGGCCCCCGCCCGACCCCGAGCCUCCCCGCGCGCCCCCGCCGGCCCCCGCCCGCCGGCCCGGCCGACGCCGGCCACCCGGCCCCGGGCUGCAGGAGUGGGGGGCCGGGCCCCCCAGCGACCAGGAGUCCUUCACCGACUCCACCGACGGCUGGUCCAGCGCCAACUGCGGCACGCUGCCCCCACCCAUGAGCAAGAUCCCGGCCGACCGCUACCGGCCCGCGCCCCCGCCGCCCCCCACGCACCGCAGGGACUGGGCCCGCAGGGCGCUGGGCGCGCACGGCCUGCUCGGGGCGCCCCGGGGUGCCCGCCGGACCAAGGACGACAAGAAGGCUGCCAAGAGUACACGGGGGCCGGGCCUGGCGCAGACGGUGCAGGGCCCCUCCACCCGCAGGUCCUUCAGCCGCUCCCGGAGGCUGAGCAUCACACGCUCCUUGGACAACCUGGAGUCUGCCGCGGCCUCCGACGGGGAGCUGAGCGGGGAGCUGAGGGAAGGCGCCAGCACCCACAGCCUGAGCAGCAACGCCAGCCUCCCGGGGGCACAGGGCUGCCGGCCGCUGAGGGAGCGCAGGGUCGCCAGCUGGGCCGUGUCCUUUGAGCGCCUCCUGCUGGACCCCCUGGGCGUCCGCUACUUCUCCGACUUCCUGCGGAAGGAGUUCAGCGAGGAGAACUUGCUCUUCUGGCAGGCGUGUGAGCACUUCAGCCAUGUGCCCAGACACGACAAGAAGGAGCUGUCCCACCGGGCGCGAGAGAUCUUCGGCAGCUUCCUGUGCAGCAAAGCCACCACGCCGGUCAACAUUGACUCCCAGGCGCAGCUGGCUGACGACGUGCUCACGGCCCCACACCCUGACAUGUUCAGAGAGCAGCAGCUGCAGAUCUUCAACCUGAUGAAGUUCGACAGCUACACGCGCUUCCUGAAGUCGCCGCUGUACCAGGACUGCAUCCUGGCCGAGGUGGAGGGCCGGCCGCUGCCCGACAGCCAGCAGCCUCAGCGCGCGCCCGGCAGCCCCGCCUCCAGGCACAGCGCGGGCUCCGACCACUCCAACACCUCCACACCCAAGAAGCUCAGUGGGAAGUCCAAGUCGGGCCGGUCCCUGAACGAGGAGCUGGGCGAGGACGACGGGGAGAGGCGGCGCAAAGGGGCCUUCUUCUCCUGGUCCCGGACCCGCAGCACCGGGCGCUCGCAGAAGAAGAAGGAGCACGGAGACCAGGACCCCCCGCACCCCAACGGCGGCCUGGGCAGGCGAGAGUCCCAGGGCUCUGUGUCCUCUGCGGGGAGCCUGGACCCGGCGGAGGCCGGCAGGACCCCCGCGCCCCGACACUGCUCCAUCCAGCUGCCUGACGGUUCCAGCUGCCGAGUGCCGGUGCGGCCAGGGACGCCCAUCCGGGACCUGCUGGCCGGGCUGUGUGAGCGCCAGGGGCUCAGCGGGGCGGCCGUCGACCUCUUUCUGGUGGGCGGCGACAAGCCUCUGGUGCUACACCAGGACAGCAGCAUCCUGGAAUCCCGGGACCUGCGGCUGGAGAAGCGGACUCUGUUCCGCCUGGACCUGGUCCCCAUCAACCGCUCCGUGGGGCUCAAGGCCAAGCCCACCAAGCCCGUGACGGAGGUGCUGCGGCCGGUGGUGGCCAAGUACGGCCUGCAACUGGGCGAGCUGGUGGCCCGGCUGCCCCUCUGCCUCCAGAGCGGGGAGAGGACACCCCUGGACCUCGGCGCCCCCAUCGCCAGCCUGGACGGACAGCGGGUCAUCCUAGAGGAAAGGGAGCCCAGCCGCGGCAAAGUCCCCACAGAGAGACAGAGCAGUGCACCCGGCAGACAGACUCCGGCCGCCAACUGCAGCUCCAGAACCCACUCGGCUCUGGCAGAGGACAGGCCGCUAGGCAAGUCCAAUUCUAUUAAGCUAAGAGGCGCCCGUGGGAAGAGUGCUAGGGAACCGCGGCUUCCAAAGCAAGAAGAAGCCAUUGCAAAGAUGGGGGGAAAAAAAAGUCAGAGAAUCAAUGUGGACGAAGCGGAGGAGUUUUUUGAGCUCAUUUCCAAGGCUCAGAGCAGCCGGGCCGACGACCAGCGCGGGCUGCUGAGGAAGGAAGACCUGGAGCUCCCCGACUUCUUGCGGCUGCCCCCCGCGCCCCUUCCCGCCGCCGCCAGCCCCCCCGACCCCACCUCCAGCCCCGACUCAUCCGCCAGCCCGCCGGGGGCCUCGCCGCCCGGCCCCCCCAGCCCCGGCUCCCCAGAGCGCGAGGCCCAGGCCAGCCCGUCCCCCACGGGGGAGGGGUUCGCCUGCAGCCCCCCCAGCACCCCGCUGCCGACACCCCCCAGCCUGCAGGAUGGGGCGCCGCCGAGACCAGGUACCUCUCCAUUCUGACUGCCGCCCGCCGCCCUGCGUCCAGCCCACUGUGGUUCUUACUGACGGGACUGAACAGCAAGGGGCUGGGUGGGAAGGCGGGGUGGGGGGGCACAGCCAGGCCCAGGUGACACCGGGUCCCCUCCCUGGUCCAGUGCAGUCAGGCUCUGACAUGACACCAGGUCCCUCCCUGGUCCAGCGCACAGCCAGGCCCUGGCGUGACACCAGGUCCCUCCCUGGUCCAGUGCACAGCCAGGCCCUGGCGUGACUAUCCCAUCUCCAGAGGGAGCAGAAGGCCUAAGCGUGACAAGGGUGGGCAGUACCUCGGGUGCUGGGUGUGGGUGCAGUGAGGACUGCCCCUCACUUCCCCCAGGAAGCGCUCCAGCCAGGUGCCAGGUGUGCAGGCUGCCCCCCCAGAUAAGCACGUCCAACUGGGGGGGGGGCUUCUUCCCAGCCCCUCCGUGAGGCCGGCACUCUGGGACUGAUCUACUGGGUGGGGCUGAGGGGCCAUGCCAUGAGCUCCCCCUGACCCGUCCUCUGAGCUCGGACAGCAGGAUGGGGCGAGGGUGGCGGGGAGCAUUCCGCGUCUUGGGGCGUCACGGGGCUCUGCUGGGGGGCGUCUCGCUGCAUGUGCCCCCCUGCGCCGCUCUCUGUCCCUCCAAUAAACUCUUGGUCUCAGCA